GCGCAUGCAAGUAAUAGUACUUCUUCACUGGGAAACAUAUAUGUAAUUGAAAAUGGUAUAUAUAGGAAGCCUUUAACCGCAAAGAUGUCAGCCAUCUUCUCAGUUCAGAACACAACCGAUACGCACGAGAACUUUAUAAUUAGUUGCUCUCAAAAUGGCAAUCAUCGAAUUUGUUCUACUGAAACCCAAAAAAGAGCUCUUCGAAGAGUUCAAGGAAAAGAUACUGCCGACAUUGGUAAACAAUCUAUACGCAUCCGGUGUUCAGAACAAAAAGGGAGCUGGUAUUGUCGCGACGGAGAAUGGCCGAGAAUUGAAGGAUGAAGAGUUCACGGCAGCUUACUUCUUUCAAUGGACCAGUGUGCAGCAUUUCAAGAGCUUCGUUGUGUCACCCGAAUACCGUGAAUUCGGUUCCCAGGUCAAGAAAGGGGGAUACGCUAGCGGGCCAGCGGAUUUAAGACUCAUCGAUUUCCCCGAAGAUUCGUCAUGGAUAUUUGGAUCGAAUACGGUCGCUGAAUUCCUUAUCAUCAAGCCUAAAGAUGCCUCAGAGUCAAGCGUACAAAAUGUCUUGCAGAAACUCCAGUCCGGGCUCCCCCAGUUCAACGACUCUAAAGCGGUUGUCGGGAGCACCUUAAACCUAGAACGUCAAGAAGUUGCCGUUGUGAGCUCAUACGCAAGCGAUGCUGUAAGUUACCUAGCCUUUGAAACACAGCCCCUACAUACCAUUUUCUUCAUACCGCAAAAUGGACGUAGAAGCUAAAGCGGGUGAUCGAUGCAUUAACUGACAAUCUGAAUAAAUAGGAACUUGAGACUGUGAAAGCAUCAACAGCUCGACAGCAACUUCUGGCAGAAGUCUCAAACACGGCAGACGUGACGAGCCUAAUUGUGCAUUUCCAGUAAAACUCCGUACACGUUGAAUAGUUGUCAUUGUGGUGUGGACAUAUAGGCCGAAGAUACCGAAGAUGCCGGAAAAGAGCGCAAAUACUCUUAUGUAAGCACAAACACGUGGUGG